CUCCCCAUCACUUCCAUAAGCGAGCGUCAGUUUCGCUGCAUCCCACACCGCUGUCAAUUUGCGCGUUAUGUGGGGUGGAUUUAUCAUUCUGUGCAAUGCAGUUUAGAACUACGGUUCCCCUUUGCACGGUAAAAUCGGACUUGUAGGCUCCGAGAGAGCUAUAUUAAAAGUACUAAACAUAACAUGGCAUCAGACAGAAUUUGCCAUGCCUUCGCACCAUCACAAACCAGUUGAGUUCGGAACAGAGAUCUACAUGGAAGCCUGAAGAAAGUGGGGUUGGGCAGCCAUGGACCUGUUCAGCCAGCUGAUCCUAGUUAUCUUGGUCACCAGUUUCCUCUCCUUCCAGUGGCUCUUCCACCGGGUCAGUCCCUGGGUCUCCCCCCGCGCCAGUUCUGGCUUCCUACGCCUAGCAGACCAGCAGAAAGUGGAAUGGAACUCAAGGACGGUGUCCACACUCCAUGCCCUGGUAGUGGGGUUCUUUUGCCUCUACAUCCUGCUGUUUGACGACGCUGUCAAUGAAGACCCCGUCUGGGGAGAUCCCACACUUGUGAAGAUAAAUGUUGGCAUGACAACAGGCUACCUCAUAUCUGAUCUGCUGAUAAUAUUUUACUAUUGGAAGGCGAUAGGCGACAAGUUCUUUGUAGUGCAUCACCUGGCUGCACUGUAUGCUUACUACUAUGUACUGGGACAAGGGAUGUUGCCUUAUUUUGCUAACUUCCGUCUGCUUGCAGAGUUCUCCACGCCGUGUGUGAACCAGCGCUGGUUCUUUGAAGUGUUAGGUUACCCCAAGUCCUCCAAGCCCAACAUUGCUAACGGAAUGGCAAUGGCCCUGGUCUUCUUCCUGGUUCGCAUCGCCGUCAUGCCCCUCUACUACAGCCGCAUGUGGUCCGUGUACGGCACCGAAGCGUUCUACCGCGUCCCGCCGGAAGGCCGCGCCGCCUGGAUCAUCUCCAGCGUCUCGCUGGAUGUCAUGAACGUCAUGUGGAUGCACAAGAUCGCCCGCGGCUGCUACAAGGUCAUGUGUUCGGCCCGACGGCACAACGUGGAGACACGAGAGAAUGGAAAGACUGACUAAGAAGCAAAAAGGGGAUGGUUGAUGGAAUGGCUUGGGUAAACCCAUUGAACCACUGUCCCCCCUUUUUUUAGUGCACAAUUGGAUUAGUACCUGACUGUUUCAGGGUCAACUAACACACACCAAAAGCCAAGUCUCACACGGACUGAAUUUUAUGCUAGUUGACGCAGCACAUUUUUGCUUUCCUUUUGAGAUUGGAGCAUUGUGCUGGAUGUGGACAAAGGGACAAUAACUGGGGCAGUGGUUGGUGAAACUGUUAGCAACACUUUCUGUGCAUGGACAAUUAUUUUUCUGUGCAUUUUAUCACAAAACGGCAUGUCUGGGACGACGUAUCUGUUUUUCCCCAACACUUCACCAAGUCAAACGUUUACUGCUUGUUGCAGACCAUAGACUCAAGGUGUGAUGCUCCCCAAAGUAACGUCAAGCCCCUUACUUAAUUUUGCUCUCUUUAAUAUUCUGCGUGUCUGAAUCCCGUAGGUUAUUGAUUUACAUUUUUAACAGAGGAAUUCAUUAUUGUUCAAAUGGUGAGUACAAAUAAAAUAACCGUUUUUGAAAAACAGUUUUUUGGGACACAACCAACCUAACUUACCCAACCUAACCUAACUUACCCAACCUAACCUAACUUACCCAACCUAACCUAACUUACCCAACCAACCUAACUUACCCAACCAACCUAACUUACCCAACCUAACCUAACUUAC